AUGGUAGAGAUGCUGCCAACUGCCGUUCUGCUGGUCUUGGCAGUGUCUGUGGUUGCCAAAGAUAACGCCACGUGUGAUGGCCCCUGUGGGUUACGGUUCAGGCAGAACCCACCGGGGAGUGGCCGUAUCAUCGGAGGGCAGGAUGCAACAAUCGGGGCCUGGCCCUGGAUGGUCAGCCUCCAGGUCUUCACAUCCCACAAUAACCGAAGGUACCAUGCGUGCGGAGGCACCUUGCUGAACUCCCACUGGCUGCUUACGGCUGCCCACUGCUUCGUCUCCAAAAAAAAAGUAUAUGACUGGAGACUGAUUUUUGGAGCAAGGGAAAUUGUGUAUGGGAACGAUAAGCCAGCGAAGCCGCCUCAACAGGAGAGAUAUGUCGAGAAAAUCAUCAUUCAUGAGAAAUACAUCCCCAGUUUAGAGCACAAUGACAUCGCUCUCAUGAAGAUCACCCCUCCCGUUCCCUGUGGGCAAUUCAUCGGAACGGGCUGCCUGCCCCAAUUCAGGGCGGGCCCACCUAGAGUUCCCCAGGCCUGCUGGGUGGCUGGCUGGGGAUUCUUGAAAGAGAAAGCCUACAGGAUCGCACCUACACUGCAGGAGGCCCGUGUGAACCUCAUCGACCUCGACUUAUGUAACUCCACCCAGUGGUACAACGGGCGCAUUCGUUCAACCAAUGUGUGUGCAGGGUACCCUGAGGGCAAGAUCGACACCUGCCAGGGGGACAGCGGCGGGCCUCUCAUGUGCAGAGACAACGUGGCAAACACCUAUGUGGUCGUGGGAGUCACAAGCUGGGGGGUAGGCUGUGCCCGAGCUAAGCGCCCCGGAGUCUACACGGCCACCUGGCCCUAUCUGAACUGGAUUGCUUCCAAGAUCGGUUCUAAUGCCUUGCACAUGGCUCAACUGCCCACCCCUCCCCAUCCGACUUCUCAAGCAAUCCCAGCUAAAGACCCCUCUGCCCGCCCUUCUGCUCGCCCUCCUUGGUACUUCCAACGUCCUCCUCGACCUCCUCCCAGCCCCCCUGCAUCUCGACCUCGACCUCGACCCAAACCCCCGGCCCCACCCCCACCCCCGCCUCCACCCCCACCCCCACCUGCUCCCCCACCUAUCACUAAACCUCCCCAAGUACUUUCUUUUGCCAAGCGACUACAGCAACUCACAGAGAUCUUGAAGGGGAAGACGUUUUCUAACGCAAAGGGGUAUUACGAGAUGGAGACCACAGAUCUCCCAGAGCUGACCGCCGCCUCCUGA